AUGUCGGAUUGGAGCUGUGAACAUUGCACGCUUAUAAACAAGAGAUCUUCAAAAAAGUGCGUAGCCUGCGGCUGGGAAAACGCAACGAGAAAAACGAAAAACUUGCUUCCAAAGUUUAUAUCCAAACAAGGUUCGUUUCUCUUUUUUCAUAGUUCUCCAAUUUUUUUUUUAGUAAACGACUUCUCGAACGCCAUCGGCGAUAUCUUUUCAUCGCAACUAAGGCCAAAUAACAAUAUAGUUCCUUCGUGAGAUUUUUUUUUUCGAAAUUUUAGGUCAUUUACAACGAUACUCUGUGACAAUUUUUGCACAUUUGUUUGUCGCAAAAAGAAAUAUUCAAUCUAUUCAGGACCUCUUCAUCUGCAUAUAAACCACGUGUACCGGAUGGUCCUCUUAUAACAAAGCCUGUACCACAGGAUAUCCCUUCCAACUCUCCUUCGUUACCGCGAAUACCCGAACAAAAUGGUAAAUUUGACCCUUCAUCACUUUCAAUGCAUUUUCGUGGUCUCGCAAUAUUUUUUCAGGCUCUGUACAUUCUCCGCAUCGUGGCGGUCUACCAUAUGACCCAGCCAGACCUCUUUCCACUGACCAACUUCCGAACACGGUUGGUUUGGUUCCAUAUUUCUAUUUUCAAGAAAAUUGAGGCUGUUCUUGGGUAUUUCAUGACAAUUAGAGCGUAUUUGUUGUAUAGUAGUAAUCAAGUUAAGAGUUUCUCGUUAAUCUGAUUGUACGAUUUCUAUAGAGAUGAAGCAAUUUAUAAUUAUUUUUUUUCCUUUUCAACUUCUAUUUUUUGUGUUAAGUAGGACUCUUUUUUUCUGUAUUUGAUUUUUUUUUUCGUUUUUUUUUUCACCUUUGCUGCAUUGCGUAAUAGUUUGUAGCAGUGUCCAUGGAGACGUCAGACGCGAGUCGUAGAGAUCUUCUUUCCUUCGUUUUUGUUUUUGUUUUAAAAGUGUUUCUAAGAGCUGAGAGCUCCUUUUUUUCUAAAAUCAAUUCGCUUCAAUUUUCGAUAAGCUUUGCAAGGUUUGUUGAGUCAGUCGUUUUUCGUUUAUAACACGAGUUGAAAAAGUUUUCAAAGUUAUUAUUUUUGGCAAGAAAGUUAUCUUUGACCAUCCCCCUAUGAGUUAUAUUCAUUGAAAUACUCCAUCUCUUUCAAUUUUGUUUAAUACAAUCUCAAGAUCAAAUAGCUAAUAACAGAUUUUUGAGAAAUAUGUUUUUCACUUUUCAUUGCUGUUAUUUUAAAAACUUCUCAGUGAAAAACUCAAAAAAUUCAGAGUUUCAAUACGUCGGCUCUGAGCGACUCUUCGAUGUGCUCCGAAACGGCAGAAAAUGUGCAGAGAUCUCUUCAAAACGAAUCAGAGCAGAAUUUCUUGAGAAUUUCGGAAUUUUGCAAGUGAGAUAAUCGUUUUAUAUAACUUUUUGACUCAAAUAGAUCGACGAACACACAUUUCAUCGACGACUCUUUUCCGCAUUCUCAAAAGUCGAUAGGAGAAUUGGAAAGGGAGAGCGAAGGUGCAGUUGUUGGUCGGUCGGAUCAAUUUUACACGAAAAAGUUGAUCGGUGUAGGACAUGCGCCGAAAACAUUCGUCUGGAUCCAUCCGUCAAACAUGUUCACGAAGGACGGCCGCGCCUUCAGAUGGUCCGUCUUCAACGAUCCGCGGCCUUCCGACAUCGAACAAGGUGAUCGAGAACCCCAGAAAAAGCCUAGUUUCCAAUUUUUCAAAUCCAGGUUCACUUGGUGACUGUUGGCUCCUCUCGGCCAUGGCUCUGAUUGCCGAAAGACCAGAUAUACUUGAAUCGAUUUUUCUGACAAAGGAGUACAAUCCUAUGGGAAUAUAUCAACUUAGGUAGUAAAUAAUAACAGGUUCAGUGUUGAUUUCAGUUUCUAGACUAUGUGUCGACGGCCUAUGGAUUGUGGUUUUGGUGGACGACUUCUUUCCCUGUAGACCAGAUUCUCUUUCUUUGGCUUUUGCAGUCGGUCGCAAAAAUCAAGUAGAACACAGAAGUUUGAUUUGAAUCGUUUUUGUUGGAGAUGUGGGUUCCGUUGAUCGAGAAGGCUCUCGCCAAGCAAUUUGGAAGCUACGCUGCACUUUCGGCCGGUCGUACAGUUGAAGGUCUCGCGAUUUUGACAGGUUUUUUUUGCGUUUUCUUCUAUUUUCAAAAAUCAAGAGUUAUUUUUGAGUGUUUCAUUCAAAAUUUUUUUUGAAUAUUUUGAGAUAAAAUGAGAUUUUGAAUUAUAGGCUAUUCAUACCUUUUUGGUUUUUUAAUCAAGACACGAAAAAAAGCUUGGAAAGACGAGCCAGCGAAAAAAUCGCCAAACUGGAAAUAUUUUCUGUUGUACGUUUCUGAACAAUCGGUAAGAAAAUUACCGACUGGCACCUUUUGCAGGCGCUUCUUGUGAAACGCAUUCGACCCAAGAUUUGGCAGACACCGACAUCCUCUGGGCGUCUCUUCUCAGUUCGAGGUUCUAUCAACGAUCUUUUCCUGAAUAUUCAUCCAAAUUCAGAGAGGCUGGUUACAUCAUGGGCUGUUCAUGUGGCGCCGGUAGAAUAUCAGUCGAUCCUCUUGAAUACAAGUUUGUAGCAGAAAAAUUGGCUCAUGUUUGAAAAAAAUCCAGGGCAAAGGGAUUACUCGCGCGACAUGCCUAUUCUAUUCUGGACGUCGUUCAGGAGAGCGGAAUCAGGUAUUCAUCUCUGAAAAUUGUCUUCCACUGUCUUUUGAAGAUUGCUCCGGCUACGUAAUCCUUGGGGCAACUUUGUCUGGCAAGGAAAAUGGUCGGAUGUUUGGUCAGGAUGGCCUCCGGGUGUGUCAUGAUAUCAGAAAGAUUGAUCCAGGUUUUCCAGAAAUGAAGAAUCGUCUGUUGCGAGAGCAUGAGACCGGCACUUUUUGGAUUGAAUUCUCCGAGUUUAUCCAGUAUUUCGACUCAGGUUACUAUCUUCAGCUAGUUAUAAUAUGACACCGGAAAGUGUGAAAGUUGAGCUGCGUCUUUAUUCGAGAAAAAUGAGGCCCCAAGAGAUCGUCCGUUCAAAAUUUGGUUUAUGAGCAUAGAUGGGCAAGUACUCCUUCAGCCCGCCGGAGGGAUUGACUUUCAAAAUUUUUUUGAAAAUUUAGGAAUAUGAUGAAUUUUCAGCUUCACAAAGGUAGUGUUAACGUUAGUUUAGAAUAAUUUGGGAGGUGGGGUCGGUGGCUUUUGAAAAUAGUUUAAUCAUGUAUGUUUAUUAGAGUCUGUCAGAUGGUUUUUUUUCUAUUCAGUACCGCAAAAACUUCUGCAUUCGAUGUAUCAUGAUUCGAAAAAAAAAUAUUAGAACACGGAAAAAUAGGACAAUCAGAAAAGAAAGAAUUCUAACUUUGAUUGUUAAUUAAGAUGUGAGCUUGUUUACCACACAUCUUUUUCAACUUUCAAAUCGUUCGGUUUUUGAGAGACCUUCUUGAUAAUUUUUUUGUAUUCUUUUUCAGUGGACAUCGCCAAAGUUCACUCACAGAAUCGUUGGUCGGAACUUCGUGUUCCGGUUAAAAUGAGCGGGAAGUUUUCUCCGGUCGAUAGGUCCGAGAUUCAACUGAACAUAUUUUCAAAGUUGUAUUUCAGAGCCCUGCUCAUAAUUGUGACGGACAAUACAGAGAUUUCGUUGACGCUGUUCCAAAAAGACUCCAGAAAACUACGCGACCAAGUUAUUUCCCUUGCUGAGCCGGACCAAUACAGGUCUUUCAGAAUGACGUUUUGAUCUGUGUUCAUAAAGUGAGCGCUUCUCAUCAAAUCGGAGAUCUCGUCGCCGAGUCGCCACGGAAGAUUGCGUCAUUCGUGAGCACAGGCAAGGCUGAAAUGUAGAAGAAACGAGGCGAAUUUGGGUUUAGCUGAUGUUUUCCUCAAGCCGGGGCAGUACGUGGCGAUUUGCCACAGUAUCCUGUCGCUUGGCGGCAAAAGUGUCGAAGGAAGUCUAGUCGUCUACAGGUUUCAGUUUUCACCAAGCUUUUAUGAAUGAUCUUCUGUUUACAUGGGAAAGUUCAACCAAAAAAGUUCAGAAAAAGCUGAAAAAAGUUUAGCUCACAACAAGAUGAUUUAUUGAUAUAUAGAAAGGUUUUAAUUACGACAGAAUACGAUAUCUGCUCCAAAAGAACUGUCAUUUUUACACAUGAGAAUAAAACAGAUGAUGGUGAUGAUGUGAUAAGAUCCUCAAAAAUAGACGUUUUUGGCCUUUCGCUCCAUUUUUCUCUUUUCUCAUUGAUCGCAUAUUUAUUCGUCAAUAAAUUUUUUUUUUCUUGACCUUAAGCUAUCAUUUUUUUAUUAUUCCACGAAAGCUAUUUAAAAAAGUGGACUAACUAGAUGAAAAUGAAGUCUUAUGAUAAAUGGUAAAAAAAGUCUUAAUUUUGAAUUAAAAUGAAACAAACGUGAAACUCUGGGCUUUGAAGCUCGCGUCCGCUCUUUGGCGAGCCGAUUUUCUGCCAUCCAGAGAUGUACACAGACUCUCUGACCCAGCUGGUCGCGGCGCGCGGAACUCCCGUCGGCUUCUCAGUUACUUUUAAAAAUUCAAAUUUUGUUCGUUAUUCGGCGAACUGCAGAUCUCCAGCGGCGCGGUCAUCCGUCAGUUGGCCGUCGACUUUGCUGGAAUGCUCAUUAUGGCCGAUAAUCUGCUCGAAAACACGUGGCUACAUGUCGGGUGCGCUUCUCCAGUCUUCUGAGACAAUCUCAGCCUUUUUAGACUAAAUUGCUCGGACUCUGUGAAUGUUUUAUCUUCCCGCGGAACUUUGAACGUAGCUGAUGUGAUACCGCCAUUGAGCAGACAGGUUUUAUCGUUCUAUGAGUAAUUGAAACAGUUUUUUGCAGAUUUUGAUAGUGCUCACUCAUUUCGAACCGAGCUCAUUUUUUAGAGUUUCAAACCAGAUCCGAGUGAGUUUUUUGUUUUCAAGAAGUUGGCGAGACUGAAAUUAAUCUGCGAAUCAGGGCCGACAUUAUAUUUGUAUAAGUCCUAAAACAUGAGAAACUUGAUUUUUGAUGAAGAAAAAUUUAUCUGUAAACCAAAAUCUAUCAUGUAGGUGACGAUGAGCCGCAACCUCGGGCUCCGCGAGUUGGCUCUUCCGGACCGAAGAGGUGUCGUCAACAAAAACGCGGUUCACACUCCCGACUUCGAAGGCGUCGAACAGGCAACCCUCCACAAAACUUUCUCACUUUUACGCUGA